AUGUUUUACAACUCCGCCACUUCGACCCGAUGAUCCUUAUACGCAUGGCCAGGAAUAGCUGAAUCAGCCUGGCAUAGCCAGUCCUACUGAAAUUGAUAUCCUACGUUUAGCACAUAUUUCGCCGAAAGAUCUCGGCUACGUCAUCGGGUUUCGCGUCCAACCGCAUCAACAAUGCCCAAAUUGCAAGCCGCAACCGUGUCGAAUAAAGUGGUUCGGAAGAGGAAGAGAAAGAGCCAGGAUGAAGAAGUGCAAGUAGAGGCCGAGCCUGCAGGCACUCAAGACUCGAUUGCGAGCACCACAACAGUACCGACCAAAACACAAGAUGGAGGCAAGAAACCGCGACGGACACCAAAGGGCAAAAGCACGGCGCCCAGCCUGUCUAGAAAAGGAUCCUCAAUGGUAGAGACUACGAUACCAUGGCCCGAGGAAUUUACAAAGUUGGGUCAAGUUCACCGAGCCCUCAACCUAGUCUAUACCUUCUGCUGCACGCGCAAGCACCUGGCUACCACCUUCGAGACAAUAAGAACGACUGUAGAAUCUCACAUUGGCCGCGAGUUGUCCGUACAAGAUGUCGCCAAGAUUAAGGCUCUCAUACCACGGUCCAUCAACUUCGCCUACAUCGACGAGGAUCUGCUGCAAGUCAAUCUCAUGGGCGAGCAGGAGAACUCGAAGAACAAACGAUUCGAAGGUUACAUGGCAUCAGAGCCAACCGAAGACAAGCAAGAGAAGGGAAACAAAGAAGUACUGCUCUUUGAAUAUGUUGAUGGAGAUUUGAAGCGUCAGGUACAGCACAGCAAGACUGGAGAGCCUACGAAAGCGACGCGGAAGUUGAAAGAUGAAGAUCUCAAGAUGCCCGUCUACAGUCAAAAGCAGAUGAUGAACUUGAUCGAGAAGAGAAACAGCAAGUUUACCUCUGCAGUCAAUGCCUGGCUGAAUGAAUGUGACGCAGAGGGUGUGAACCCUGUCGAGAAGCUGGAUAUUGAACAUAAUUUGAACAUACCCGCGCCUUCUGAGAGCAGAGGAAACACGCCCACUCCGGAGAAGCACAGAGCGCUACUACCAAGAUCGAUACCUGAUGAGCGCAAGACUAUUCCCGAAAUAGUCUCCGAGAUCAAGACUCUGGAGUGGUAUACUGGCCAGAUAGUGCCAGAUGGUCACCGUGUCUUCGAUCCUCAGCCAGCCAUAUAUGGUGAUCUGAACUUCCAGUUGUCACAAACUCUUGUCAACGCGCUUUACAAUACUCGUGGUAUCACACAACUAUACUCACAUCAAGCAGAGGCCAUCAACAAUUUAUACGAAGGUCACAAUGUCAUUGUGUCAACGUCGACAAGUUCUGGAAAGUCCUUGAUAUACCAGAUACCCGUGCUACACGAGCUGGAAAAGAACAAGCAGGCCAGAGCCAUGUACAUCUUCCCUACAAAGGCUUUGGCGCAGGAUCAACGGCGCAGUCUAAAAGAUCUGUUACAAUACAUGGAUGGACUACAAGAUCUGAUAGUCGAGACUUUCGAUGGCGACACACAAAUGUGCGAUCGUAACCUCAUCCGAGACGAAGGCAGCAUCAUCUUCACGAAUCCAGAUAUGUUGCAUAUUACCAUCCUGCCACAAGAGGAAGCUUGGAGGACAUUUUUGCAGAACCUGCGCUUCGUGGUUGUCGAUGAACUUCACGUUUACAAUGGUCUGUUCGGAGCUCAUGUAGCCUUGAUCAUGCGACGUCUGCGUAGAAUAUGUGCUGCUGUUGGAAAUCGGCAUAUCAAGUUCAUUUCCUGUUCUGCAACUGUUGCAAACCCAGAAGAGCACAUGAAGACCAUCUUUGGUGUAGAACAGGUCAGACUCACAGACUUUGACGGUUCGCCUUCUGGUAGAAAAGAGUUCUUGUGUUGGAACACGCCAUUCAAGGAUCCAGCAGAUCCGACAUCUGGAAGAGGUGAUGCUAUGGCUGAAGCGGCAAAGUUGUUCUGCCAACUCAUCUUACGGGGUGUACGUGUCAUUGCUUUCUGCAGAGUGAGGAAGCAGUGUGAGGCUUUGAUCGGAGCUGUCAAGAACGAGUUGGCCUUCUUGGAUAAACAGGAGGUCAUGGCGAGAGUCAUGUCCUACCGAGGUGGUUAUGCUCCUCAAGAUCGACGAAAGAUCGAGAAGGAGAUGUUUGACGGUAAGCUCGUUGGUAUCGUGGCAACCAGCGCGCUGGAGUUAGGGAUUGAUAUCGGUUCACUUGAUGCUGUCAUGACCUGCGGUUUCCCGUACACUAUCGCCAAUCUUCGUCAACAAAGUGGCAGAGCUGGUCGCAGGAACAAAGACUCGAUCUCUAUACUUGUCGGAGAUGCCUUCCCGACUGAUCAACAUUACAUGCAGAACCCGGAUGAGAUCUUCACCAAGCCCAAUUGCCAGUUGCAGGUCGAUCUGGAGAACAUGCUCGUACUUGAGGGACAUGCACAGUGUGCGGCUAAUGAGAUGCCAAUCCAGCCAAAGGAGGACGAAAUCUACUUUGGCAAACUCUUGACGGACAUUGCAGAAAACAGGAUGAGAAAGGACGAUCUUGGAUUCUUCCACACAGCUGAUCGUUUCCUUCCUCGUCCUUCAACUUUUGUAGCAAUCCGCGAUACUGAGGAAGACCACUUUGCUAUUGUCGACAUCACACAUGGGCGCAAUGUCGUGCUUGAAGAGCUUGAGGCCUCUCGCGCAUUCUUCACAAUCUACGAGGGAGGCAUUUACUUGCAUCAAGGUAACAAAUACUUGGUCAAGGAGAUGUCGACAGAUAGAAUGAUGGCACGAGUAGAGUUUGUACGAGUUGAGUGGACGACACAACAGCGUGACUUUACAGAUAUCGACCCCAUCGAAACAGAAGCGAUACGCAAGAUUUCAAAAUCUCUCUCGCGAGCAUACUACGGAACUAUCAGGAUUACACAAGUGGUCUUUGGCUUCUUCAAGGUGGACGCGAAACGUCGCAUUCUUGAUGCGGUGGAGGUUGACAACCCACCCAUCACGAUCUUUAGCAAAGGCAUGUGGCUCGAUGUGCCACGCCGCGCGCUGUCAAUCCUUGAGUCGAGGCGGUUGAAUAUGGCAGGAGCGAUCCACGCAGCCGAACACGCUUUGCUGUCGCUCAUGCCCAACUUUGUCAUCAGCAUGCCCGGCGAUGUCAAGACUGAAUGCAAAAAUGCGAUCAAAGAGUUUGCAGCAAAAGAAACGAGCCGCAAGCGACCGGCACGUCUGACCUUUUACGAUGCGAAAGGCGGUGCUGCUGGCUCUGGCAUCAGUACCAAAGCUUUCGAGUUUAUCGAUCGCUUACUCGUUCAGGCCUGCGAGAGAGUUGGCGCAUGUCACUGCGACGAAGGAUGUCUCGAGUGUUGUUGCUCCGAACAAUGCAAAGAGAUGAAUUCUGUCAUGAGUAAAGCAGGUGCGGAAGUUAUUCUCAAGUCAUUGUUGAACAGGGAGAUUGAUAUUGAUGCGCUGCCUUGGGGUCCUGAGGAUGAAAGAACUCCUGCCGGAAUAGAAACAGUGGUUUUCGCCAAUGAGAUUGGACCCGGACGAGGAAAAAGAUACGGCGAUGUCAUUGUCAAGACCGAAGACGGCGAAGAGCAAGAGAUUGUCAUUAUCAAGGACGAACCGGCCGAUUGGUGAAGGCGGUCGGAUGUGUAGUCAGCAGCUCCCACAUGGCUUGAGGGUAUAAAAACAUCUUCCAGCUUCGAAUCCCCUCUCCUUCUUUCUUUUCUUUCUUCAUACACACUAAG